AGCCAUGUCGUUGGACAAUCAGCUGGUUGUCUUGUCGGCCAGGACGGCUGACGCGGGGCGGUACUACGUACAGGCGGUCAACGGGCUGACCGGACAGAACCACACCUCUCCCUCUGUCUACCUCAGCAUGGCUGACCCUGAUGCUCUGGUUGAGCCCGUGGCUCCGGUGAUUGUGAUUGGUCCGAAGAAUAUGUCUGUCGUGGCAGGGAGGGAAGCUACACUUGAGUGUAUUGCUAACGCCAGGCCGGUGGAGAGGCUGGUGUUGUCGUGGAAACGUAAUGGGCGUCGGCUGGCCAGUGGAGUGGGCGUGUUCGGGCGUCGCCUGACCCUCUCUAGCCCCUCCCUCUCAGACGGGGGCGUGUACGUGUGUGAGGCGUCACUUCUCAACUCCACCACCAGACCCACCGAGGCCCGGGCCCAUCUCACUGUACUGGGUACGACACACACCUCACUGUACUGGGAACAAAACACACCUCACUGUACUGGGAACAACACACACCUCACUGUACUGGGAACAAAACACACCUCACUGUACUGGGAACAAAACACACCUCACUGUACUGAGUGAAACACACCUCACUGUACUGGGUGAAACACAUCUCACUGUACUGGGUACAACACACACCUCACUGUACUGGGAACAAAACACACCUCACUGUACUGGGUACAACACACACCUCACUGUACUGGGUGCGACACACACCUCACUGUACUGGGUGAAACACACACCUCACUGUACUGGGAACAAAACACACCUCACUGUACUGGGUGAAACACACCUCACUGUACUAGGAACAAAACACACCUCACUGUACUGGGUGAAACACACCUCACUGUACUGGGAACAAAACACACCUCACUGUACUGGGAACAAAACACACCUCACUGUACUGGGAACAACACACACCUCACUGUACUGGGAACAAAACACACCUCACUGUACUGGGAACAAAACACACCUCACUGUACUGGGAACAAAACACACCUCACUGUACUGGGUGAAACACUCCUCACUGUACUGGGUGAAACACACCUCACUGUACUGGGAACAAAACACACCUCACUGUACUGGGUGAAACACACCUCACUGUACUGGGUGAAACACACCUCACUGUACUGGGAACAAAACACACCUCACUGUACUGGGUACAAAACACACCUCACUGUACUGGGAACAAAACACACCUCACUGUACUGGGAACAACACACACCUCACUGUACUGGGUGAAACACACC